AUGGCUUCUUCUAAGGCUAAGGGCAAGCGACCCCUCCGCCCACAAUCCGCUGGAGAUGAUAAUCCGGCGAAGAAAACGAAAGAUUCCCCCGGCGAAGAACCGAAACCCGCGAAAAAGCAGGCUGCCCGCUCUACCAAGCCGAAAGAUUUUAAACAGGUUACAGACAAGGGUUCGAACUGGGUGAAUGUCUAUGAGAAGGAAGCUCAGUUAGCUGCAUACCUUUCUUUCAAAACCACAUCGGAGCUUCGACAAUUUACUAUCUCUUGGGUGUGCCUGAGUGCCGAAAGGUACUUCUCGGCAGCAGCCAAGGGAUUGACGAAGAAGCAACCGUUCCACUUCUCGAGCACAAUCGCCGGAAAACGUCAGAUAGAGGCCGUGAAAGACUCCCCAGUGACAGCUUGGCCGUACACAACGGACGAAAAGACAGACGCCCAAAACAAUCAACGAAAGAAGAUUGUUGCUUGGUGCUUGGUAAAAAUGGCCGCAGACAUCGAGAUAUACAACCAAGCCACUGCUGAAGCCAACAACCUGAAAACGCACCAGGAGCAGAAAGAAUUCCUGGAAAGACACAAAGACGUGGCCAGCAAGAAUGGCACCAAGCUGGAAGUGAAAUUCCCUAAGAAGCCUGUUGGUUUCCCUAAACCAUCAAUGGGUCCAUUUACCGAUCUUGGCGAGAACCAGCUUGAAGUUUACAACCGCUGUUGGGAGGCUCUUCGCUACCUGGGCACCGGGUUCCACAGGAAGAACUGGGCUAAUCGCUUUCAGUCAGUUACAAUGAUUAACAAGGGACGUUUGGUCAACGACACGCAUUUCCCAUCGUGGAUGAGAGAGAAAGCCCUGGUUCCGAAAGUCUCGUCAGACCUGGGAGAUUUCGGCCAAGUAUUUGAGUCUGAUCGCCUCCCUCCUAUCAAAGUGACCAUCCACUGGGCCCCAAUUGUCAAUACAGAUAGCACGGACCAACUUCGAUUGGAAAUGGAACGGGCAUCACGAGAAAAAAUCACCGUUCCCAGCAGAAUCCAAAUCUUGCCAUGGGAUCUCAGGGCAUGUUCUAGAGACGUUCAAUUCCGCGAUGAGAUUCGGAGGCUGUUCAAUUGCAAAGAGCUUGGGAUGGAUCUUCAGACUAUGCGUCUGGAAUACUAUGACGGCAAGCGGGGUACGAAGAUUGAUCUGAACGCACUGGAGGAGCUUUGGGAGCAUUUACUAGGCAUCAUGUCAGACCCAGGAAAUUCGGAUUUUACAUUCACGGUGACAAUGGAGUCAUUCGAUCGGGAUGAUUCUACAAUUGACAUCUUCGAAGACCCGCACAACGCGCUGAAUCUGGGCGACCUCCCGGCACUAUUCAGCGUUGACGAAAACCCAGAUGGCCAUGAAGGCGCGGGAUUUGCUGAGGCUAGAGCAGAGGGAAUAUCCUCCGCUAAACCCCGGACUUUUGAAACUACUCAAGAGCAAAUCGAUUUCUACGACGGUUUCGACAUCCGGGAUUUGGCCACAGACAGCUUGCGAGGCCGGCUUGCGUGGCAGGAAAGGCUGAUUCGCAUCAUGACCACAGUCUCAAAGGCCAAAGAAAACAGAACUGAAUCGCUCAAAGAUGUCGGUGUGUCCGAGAACGAGAGAAAUGCUCUCCAGAGGGCGGUGCAAGACGCCCACCACGCAAGCGAAGCACUGAUGCAACCCAAGGUGGAUGACGACUAUUAUACCCUACAUAGCGCAUUCUCAGGGUCGAACACUAGAGCAGGGCCUUGCCUUGAUCUAUGCCUGGACCUCCUUGUUUGCGAGAAAAGAGCCGACAAGUAUCACUCAUUCAUGCUUGAAGGCGAAACGGCUUGUGACUUUUACGACUACCAAAUUACUGGGGCCAUUGGAGCUAUCCUCAAGUUGUUUGGAUCGAUUGAUACUACGCGUCUACUCGAGGCGACUGCGUUCAAUCCCAUGGAUCCCCGGGCAGAGAAAGUUUUGAGUGCAGGGGAAAAGCUUCAGGAUCUCAGGAUUCAUGGAGCAAUGAUAGCUGACGGAACUGGGUUUGGCAAGACAAAGCAAUGCUUGCUGGCAGCCAUGCUCUUUGCACUUCUUACGAUUGAAAAUAAACCCAUGCUUCUGCUUGUUCCGGCCUCCCUCAUUUACCAAUGGGUGGAAGAGAUUUCAGAUCAAUGGCCUGGUCUUAAACCGCGGGUGCACAUUGCAGACUGCGAGACACUGAGCAGAGCACAAAUGCUCAAUUUACAGUUUCCCAUGGACCUCGAAUAUUUGCUCGACAACCAAAAUGUGGCAGCGAAGCGGGCGGUGAUUAUUACAUCGUACGAGACUCACAAGUCUCGGACAACGUGGCGAGUACCUGACACUGUCGAGGAUAGACCCAAGCAUGCUGCCAAACAAAGUAAGACGAAGAAACCACUGAACAAGAUGAUUGGCCUUCGUACUAGGCAUGUUGGGAAGUUUGGCCUCUUGAUUGCGGAUGAAGCCCAUAAGAUGAAGAACAAAAGGACAGUUCUCUGGGGAAUUCUGCAGAUGCAGAAGUAUCCGGCUGUACUGUUUGCAACGGCAACACCAAUGUUCAAUGCAAUCCGAGAUCUUCUUGGCCUCGUGGACCUCCUUGGCCUUAAUGCAAUGAAGGAUCUUUUUGAUCAGACAAAAGGAACUGCGGAUGCCAUUACGCUUAAGAAAUUGCAGAAGCUAAACCUAUCCCAGCUCAAAGCCGAGUAUCAGCGGCUGGAUCCAAAAUCUCCUCUCAGAUUGAUGAUCCUCGAUGUGAAGCUUUUGCGUCGGGUGAUGCGCACGAAACGAGAAGAACGACAUGCGGCAGUGGCCCAGUUCUUUGCGCUGGUGCUAGAUACGAUAGCAAUUCAGCGAUCUCAGGGAUCUUCACUGCCAAUGUCUGACGGAUCUGCGGUGCCAAUCAGAGACAAGUUCAAGCAGAUAAUCACAAAGACUAUCCUGGCCCCUUUCAACAACCUCGAAAAAUACGAGUAUCAGGUUCAGCACAAGAUUUACGCCCUCAAAUAUGUCCAGGAAACUGUGAACCACAAGCCUCAAAUGGACACUGUUGAGGUGCCGGGUGAGCAAUCAACAUACAGCCUUGCAGGAGUGAAGCCUCUCCGAGCUUUGGAGAUAUGCGAUACAAUGCAACGGGGGGGAAAUACACACAUUGCUCAACUUGCAGAAUGGCGGGACCGAGGACUCACUGCUGAAUGGAUACAUCGUGUUGUUCGGCAGCCAGGUGAACUGACUUGGCCUAUCAGUAGUGCUACAGAGUUGAUUGCCUUCCUUGCCACCGGAUCGCCACGUUUGCGGGCUAUCUUUCAGGUGAUACUGAAGUACAAGAUUUUGUACCCCGUGGAUAGGGCCAGGCAUGGCCAUCACCAAAAGGCAAUGAUUGUGGAGUCUUCUCCGCUAUCUGCAUGGUACCUGGAGGUCGUCUUGAACACUGCAUUGAUCUGCACCCGGGUCAUGCAUUCUGGCCUCAACGAGGAGCAGCGCACAAACCUUGUACGGGAUUUUAAUAACCCGGCCAGCGGGCUCAAAGUCCUCAUAAUCACACACAGUAUUGGGUCCGUGGGCCUAAAUCUUCAUGAAGCCUGCGAUGUCGUCAUCCUAUCCACUCCUGGCCGCAGCUGGGGCCACGAGGCCCAAGCCUUCGGCCGCUGCUUGAGGAUAAACUCUUUGUUCGACCUGAAAGUGUUCCGAAUUGAGGUUCCACAAUCGCACGAUCAAUACCGUAACGCGAGACAAGCGGAAAAGGCUAGUCUUCAGCUAGCGAUCAAUGCGCGAGAUCCAUCAAUUGAAUCGCUGCUUCUGAAACUUCUUCGGCAGCUGCAGGUCGAAGUUGAUGAGUUCCGCAAAUCCGAUAGGGCAAGGGACCUCAUGAAGGAAAAAGCUGCCAUGGAUAGAGAAUACGAGGAAGAACUUGAUCGCUUUCUCAGACUGAAGGAACUCCAAAAAAAGUCAAAGACCAGGAGCAAAGCGGUAUUUGAGCCAAGUGCCGGGGAAGCAGAGUCUACUGAGGAAGAAGUUGAACUUGCUGAGGAAGACGAAGAAUUUGGCGAGGAAGACGACGAACUUGGCGAGGAAGACGACGAACUUGGCGAAGAAGACGACGAGUCUAGCGAGGAAGAUGAAGAGUCUGGGGAGGAAGAAGAGGAGGAACACGAGUCCGAUGAGGAAGAGAGGGAUCUCUAUUCAAGCCUCCUCAAUCCCAGCCAGGCCACCGCUAAAGCAACUGACGCAGACAUUGAAAAGUUCAAGGAAAAGAUGCGCUGGAAAUACUUCACGCAAAAAUGGACCACGGACGACCUUCAUGACCCAGACCACCCAAUUUAUUUCGAGAUCGCCCUCAGAUUGCUGUACAACAAGCUGCGGGAUUCCAAAGGCCUGCAUAUGGGGACGUCUAUUCAUGUGCACUACUCCAGCAUCUCACAGCAACAUCAGGAUCGACUCGAGAAGAUCAUCAAGGAUUUGGGGGACGAAGAAACAUCCGCACGAAAAGUCGAGCCUCGCAAGGAAGACUUUGAUCACCUUGCAGAGGAUUCCGAUGGAAAUUGA